UUCCGGUGAAGGCGGAGGAUCCUUCCUGCGUGGAGGCAGCAGAUCCCAGAGGUUCCUCUGACCCGGUGCUAGCUCCAUCCUUGGCGCGGUAACCAUGGCAACAGGCUACGAGGGGAGCGCGUCCGGGACCCCCGCCCGGGUAGCUGCGGGGGAGGAAGGCGAGCGGGUCAAACCUUUCACGCCAGAGAAAGCGAAAGAAAUUAUAAUGUCUCUGCAGCAGCCUGCCAUCUUUUGUAACAUGGCGCUUGAUUGGCCAGCACAACACUGGACUGCAAAACACCUUUCCGAGGUCCUGGAGGCCAAGCAGAUCCGGUUCAGAAUGGGCCUAAGAAGCACAAAGGAUACAGUUCCUCAGUUUGAAACUGCUUGUAGUUACGUGGACGCUACCCUUGAGGAGUUUCUGACCUGGAGCUGUGACCAGUCUGGUGUCCCUGGACCAUUUAAAGAUUAUGACCGUACCAAAUUCUGGGCUUAUGCUGACUAUAAGUAUUUUGUCAAUCUGUUUGGAGACAAGACAGAUGUUUUCCAGGAGGUGAUGUGGUCUGACUUUGGGUUUCCUGGAAGAAAUGGACAGGAGAGUACACUGUGGGUUGGCUCCCUAGGAGCCCAUACUCCCUGCCAUCUGGACUCCUAUGGCUGCAAUUUAGUAUUCCAGGUACAAGGAAGGAAAAGAUGGCAUCUCUUUCCUCCUGAAGAUACGCCUUUCCUUUAUCCAACCAGAAUCCCUUACGAAGAGUCCAGUGUGUUCAGUAAAAUCAAUGUUGUCAACCCUGAUUUAAAGCGUUUCCCUCAGUUCCAGAAAGCUCGAAGACAUAUGGUCACGCUGAGCCCAGGACAGGUUCUGUUUGUUCCCAGACACUGGUGGCAUUACGUGGAAUCCAUUGACCCUGUCACCAUCAGUAUAAACUCCUGGAUCGAGCUGGAAGAGGACCACCUAACCCGGGUGGAAGAGGCAGUCACCCGCAUGCUUGUGUGUGCCCUGAAGACGGCAGAGGAUCCACACCACCCAAGAGCCUGGCUGAACCCCACUGAGGUUGAAGAAAUCUCUCAUGAAGUCAACUGCUGCUACUUAAAUGAUGCUGUUCGUGCUUUUCUUGAUCAUCGUGGACAAGCUGAAGAAGCAGAAAUGCAAACACUGAGAGCGAAUGGGGAGACCUGGAGCCAGGACGAGCCACGUGUGCGGGAGCACAUGGACGAGGACCGAGCACACAGCCAGGACCUCGCGGAGAGGACUGGGAAUCGGGAGGUCGCAAGUCUGUUUGGCCCAGAUCUGCUCCCUGUGACACCAGCGUCUGAAGACCCGCCUUGGGAGAGAGGAGGCACGUUGGAGAGUGACAGCAAAGAACGUAUCAACAGAGACAGAGAACGCUUUGCAGAACUGUCCUGUGCCAGGAGGCAACAGACUAGUAACAGGGCAGGUGCGGUGGCGGAGCAGGUCACCUCCAGGUGUCCCGUGGCCCCUUCUCGAACAUUCGUGUCCACAGAUGACUUGCUGGACUGCUUGGUGAAUCCACAAGUCACCAGGAUGGUGGCCCAGCUUUUGAUACAAGGGAAAAGUUUGUGAUUCUAAUAGAUUGCUUUUAAUACAAUUUUAAACAUAUUUUUAGAACUAGUAUGAUAUACUUACUUGUUUGCUUUUUACGUAGUGGUUUUUACUUUUUGAGGCUGUUGUAUGUAUAUAAUAUAUUUUGAUCAUACUCACUCCCCAUUGCCUGCCUCCAGCUUCUUCCAAUCCCCUUCAUCCCCCUCCAAACUUUGUUCUUUUAUUAUUUUCUUGUUCAGCCCUUGAGUCCAAUUACUGCUCCCCAUGUGCACAUGGUGUAGGGCCAUGUAGGGCCGUCCACUGGGCCUUGGCUAGCCUCCCAGGGGCUACACACCUAAAGAAAACUGACUUUCCUUCCUGAAGGAGCAAUCAGCUAUCAGUAGCUCCUUGGCUAGGGGUUGGGGCUCAAGUGCCUGAGUAAUAGUGACUGGCUCGCUCUUGUGCGGGCAGCCACACCACAGCUGCCAAGUCCAUGGUGCAACAGCUCUGCCCUGUCCAGUCAAAGAUACUGUUUUGCCUCACUCCUCCGGGACCCCCGGCUUGUAAAAAUUUUUCCAACCCCUCUUCCUCCCUAUUUCUUUUUUUUUUCUUUUUUUUGGGGGGGG